AUGACAACCCUUGCGCCUCAUGAACAGGCUUCGAACUUCCUCAGGCUGCCGCUCGAAGCUAGACUCCAUAUAUAUAGCUUCCUGCUCCCCCAGGGCACUUUCACAAUUCAGUUUUGCCGACAAUCCGAGCAGGAUCUUUACAACCCCCGCCCAGGGAAGCGCUUCACCGGCUCCAAGCUUGUGGGACAAGUCUUUGCAAUUGAAAACAUUGUUCGCAACAACGGUCUCAACCUGCUCCUGGUAAGCAGACGAACCAGAGACGAAGUCCAGCCUAUCUUGUCCAAACUGACAGUCCGCUUCCACUGCCCCAAAUGCUUCGAAGAGUUGUUGCGCAACUUGUCCAACGGCCUCGGCCCCGGUAUCAAAUGGAUCAGACACAUCGAGAUCCUCUAUGAGACUGGAUCGGGAUUCUAUGGCCCUCCACUCCGUCCCAUAACCAUCUGUCUAAGCAGAUUCAUGGCAUCAGAGGAAAUGCAAGCCAUUCAAUAUACCGCGUGGUUGUACACCGGGCAAACAGCGGUCCUGAGGAAGGAAAAUUGGACACAACAACCCCUUGCUCCCGACUGCAAAGCAAUAACCCCGCCAGAUCCAAGCCAGCCAAAUACGGAUCCUUCACUUAGAGGACGAAUAGACCGCAUUCAAAAUCGGCUGGCGUAUCAGACCGGUCCUACGCAUCCCCAACUCCUCGCUCGGGUCGGCGAGCUAGCACACUCCGUGUCUCGCUAUACGUUCGAUCCUCUCACUCAUGGGAAGUGGUUGAUCAGUUUUUCGUUCGAUUGA